AUGUCCACCAGUCUCACACCCAUUCUCCCACCCCCCCUCCAACCCGGCGAAACCAUCGCCCUAGUCUCCCCCUCCUUCCGCUACAAUGACAUCCUCCCCCUCCCGCUGAACCGCGGCAAAGCCUUCCUCGAAUCCCUCGGGUUUCAAGUCCAGAUUAUCUACACCCCAUUCCCACAGAAGAUCAGCAUCGCCGAGUCAAUCCGCAUUCGCACGGCCGAGCUACACGCCGCCUUCCGCGACGACACGAUCCGCGCGAUCAUCUGCACGCUCGGCGGACAACACGCCAACGAGCUCCUCAACGCGCUGGACUACGAGCUCAUCCGCGCGCACCCUAAGAUCUUCGUCGGCUACAGCGACACCACCUUCCUGCACUACGCGCUGGAGUCGCGCGCCGGCCUGCGCACCUUCUACGGGCCGAGCGUGCUGACGGAUUUCGCCGACGUGGGCGGCCCGCUGCCCUUCACCGUCGAGCAUUUCCUGCAUGUGCUGACCAACCCAGGCAAAGUGGUGGGCCCGCUGCCCCGGUCGCAGCGGUGCGCCGUCGAGCAUAAUCCGUUUCAGUUUGGCGAGAAUGCGUCGAUGGAGGUGCGUGAGAUGGGCGUCUCGCCGCCGUGGCGAUGGGUGCGGCGCGGUCGUGCGGAGGGGAGGCUGUAUGGCGGUACGGUGCAUAUCGUUGAGCGGCUGCAGGGGACGGUGUAUGCACCGGACUCGUGGGCUGGGAGGGUCUUGUUGCUUGAGUCGGCGAUGGGCGGCGAUAGUCUCCAUUUGCCGUAUGCGCUUAGUCGGUUUCGUGGGAAUCUGGUGGAUUUGGCGCUGUCGGGGGUGUUGGGGCAAAUUAGUGGGUUGGUCAUUGGGAGGGGAUAUAAGUAUGAUGCUGGCAUGCAGGAUGAGCUGGCUAAGGUUAUUGAGGAGGUGCUGGAUGUGGUGGUCGGACGCAAGGAUGAGGUGCCGGUGCUGAUGAAUGUGGAUGUUGGCCAUACGAGUCCAUUCUUGACAUUGCCGUUUGGGGCGAGGGUGAGGCUGGACUCGGAGGCAGAUGAGUUUGUGGUGUUGGAGGCGGGAGUCAGUAAGGCUUAG